CCGUUAGAUGUGUCCGUACGCAGACUAUGCCAGGAAAGUUGCUCGAGCUUUAACCAUUGGCAACUGUAUAUAAGAGAGUGAAGUGCAACUCUUUCCCAUUUUCCGCUUCAUUUUUCAAUGCUUCGUCGUCAUCCACUGCGUUCGUACGCUUGCUAAAAGUACCAAAAAAAAAAGCGCUGUGCUUUGUGAAUAUCAUCUUUAACCAAAACUUCCAAGCAAAGUUUCAAAGCUUUUUGGACUGUAUUGGCUCGAAUCCUAGCUCAGCUUAUUGGACAGUUGUUGUUGUCGUAAGUUUUGUCGUGUUGGAGAGGUCAACAUAGGUUCAACAAAGUUUGUCUUCUCAAAAAUAUAGAACUGGGAAAUUAAGAUGAAGCAUAUAUUAUAUGUGACCUUUAAUCGAAGUGGAAACGGAUAGGAAGGACUAUUUGAUCAGGCUUCGAUUCUGGGACUGGUUUUUCUUAAUUCGAAUGCUACAAACAGCAGAUAUUAUGCAGUCGGGUCUUCAUUUACAAAUACUCUCUUAACAAAGAUGGCUAUCAACGAGUUUCAUUCAGAUCUUAUGCAGUGGGGUCUUCGCUUACUUGAUGGUGAUCCCUAUAACAGUUCUGGGUACUAUGGUCAAAUGAUGCAAAAUGAUGCUGAUGGCAUUUAUCAAGGACAUUAUGUGAGAGAUCAAUAUGAAACGGAGUCUAACAAUGUAGAGAAUGAUGAGAUUAUCGCACUUACUCUUCAAGAAGAAUUUUCACAGAUAGCUGUGACCGAAGCCUCAGGAUACUUGGAUACAGGAGGCUCACAUGCAUCCAAUUUUGUGAAUUCUUGGCAUAGUCCAUCCAGAGGGAACUAUUAUUCAGGUCAUGAUCGUGGCCGGGAAGAAGUUGAUUCUGUGCUACCUUCUAGUUCAUGUUCUAGCCCUGGUGAUCAAGAAGAGUAUUUGCAUUCUUUGGAGCUAGCCGAUGAAUAUACUGAUGAUAAUCAAGUACACUGGAAUUUUGAUCAGAUGACCCCUAUUCCUCACGUUCCUAGGAUUAAUGGAGAAAUUCCUCCGAGUGACGAAGUGACUUCAGAUCAUCAAACACUGCAGGACAGAUUGCAAUUGCAUGAUUUUGUUGAGCAUACGGUUCAAGGAGAUGGCAACUGUCAGUUCCGUGCUCUAUCAGAUCAAUUAUAUGGUACACCUGACCAUCACAACCAUGUGAGACAGCAAGUUGUAAAUCAGCUCAAGUCCGAGCCAGAGAUAUAUGAGGGAUAUGUUCCGAUGGCAUAUGAUGACUAUCUGGAGAAGAUGUCCCAGAGCGGCGAGUGGGGUGAUCAUGUCACACUGCAGGCAGCUGCUGAUAUGUAUGGAGUGAAAAUUUUUGUCAUUACUUCUUUUAAGGAUCCCUAUUGCAUAGAGAUUAUUCCCAAAUCUCGGAAGCCAAAACAAGUCAUUUACUUGAGCUUUUGGGCAGAGGUGCACUACAACUCAAUCUAUCCUCAAGGAGAUAUACCCACAAGUGAGAAUAGGAAGAAGAAAAGGUGGUGGAGUUUUGGGAACAAGCAUUAGAAUUCUCCGCCUGGCCUGUGGGACUCCUGCUCUACUUGUUUCUGCUGCUAAAAAAUGAUGUGGAUUUCUUGGUUCAGGACCCGCUUCAUGUUCUCAGGUUUUGUCUCUUCUAAAAUUUAUCGAACUGGAUCGGUCAAUUGUAUGAAAGCAUUAGUGAUAUUCUUCUACAGUUAUAAACCCACCUUAACUUCAAUAUAAAGUGCCUUGUAGCGCUCGACUUUUUCGACAAAUGAACUUGUAUUAAACAUGUUCCAUUUUUCUAGUACAAUUUUGGGAAAGAAAGGAGCUAAAGAGGGCUUUCCACUCAA